CAGAAAUUUUUUAACGGACGAUAAGAACGAUAAGGACUUGUUAAAUAAAGAUAGAAAUCUUAGAUCUAUAAGUCUUUAGAUCUAUAAGUUUUCCUCAAUCAAAAUGGAUCGAAUCGAAACGGUGGAUGUUCCUAAUGAAAUCUUUGAAGUGUCAUCAACCAGUAGCGAGGAAAUCGAAGAAAUACAAGAAGAGAUAAAUGACAAAUUAAUAAGAAAAUUUCAAACUAAUUAUGUAAAGUACAAAUAUCUGUUAAACUUCAAGAGAUGGCCAAUCUUUGAAUUUUUAGAACUGGAAUUCAUUUUACAAAUUCGUAUGGCUAUGAUAUUUUAUGGUGAGGCAAUUUUAAUUGUAACGAGAGAUAAAAUGGUAUAUGGCUUUGGUAAUAAUAUAAAUAAAUGCUUAGGAAUAGAAAACAACAUUGUUGCAUUGCAGCCAGAAAAAGUACAAGUCUUAUGUGGGAAAAAUAUAAAAAAAUUUGUUUAUAGAGAGAAGGGACCUCAGAUGUUUGCACUUACAGAAGAGGGAGAAGUGUAUUCCUGGGGUAAUGCUGAAAAACCUGGAUUGGGACACACAUUUAAUUUGUACGAGGAUCAUGCCAGGAAAGUGAGAAUACCUACUCAAAUAAGUCUAUUAAGUAAAAAAUGCAUUACAGACAUUAAAUGCAGUGAUCAUCAUACUCUUGCUCUUACCAAUGAUGGAGAGGUAUAUAUUUGGGGGAUUACAAAUAGAAAUAUAAAGGGGAUUUUAAAUAAAAACAUAGGAUUAUAUUUCUCUCAAGAUACACCAAAGCAAGUAGAUUUUAAUGGCAAGAAAAUUGUUCAAAUUGCUUGUGGCAAUUACUUCAAUAUGGUUCUCUCUGAUGAAAAUAAAGUAUACAGUUGGGGCAAUAAUAUCUCUGGUGAUGUGUUGAGAAAUAAUAUUUCCAUCACAUUGCAUCAACUUGAUCGUGAAUUAAAUCCACAUCAAAUUGAGUUCUCAGAGGAAAAAGCAAUUAAACUAGUUUGUUGUGGAAAUACAUAUACAUUAGCACUCACAAUCGAAGGGGAAGUCUAUGGCUGGGGUAAUAAUGAUUAUAUACAAGGCUUAGAUAAGGAGGACUCGAAUUUGAAUUAUCCUACUUUGUUAGAUAUGCCAGAAAAAGUAUUGGAUAUUGCCAUUGCACAAGAUAGUAAAAGUAAUAUUAUCCUUGGUAAAAGUGGAUGUAUCUAUUUGUUGGGAAAGAAGGUAUAUUUUGGUCAGAAGUGUUCUUGUCCGACUAUUACAUCAUUUUUGAACAUGAGUGAAGCUUUAAUGUUUGUUAACAUGCCGCUGACUGUAUUUGCGGAUGAUGAUUUUAAAUACAUGGAUGAAGAGAUAGAUGUAUUAAAAUGCUGGGAAACUUUAUUCGACAAUCCUGUAUAUGCAUGGUAUUAUAAGUUAGAGUCUAUAUUUAACGUAAGAUAUGCUAAGAUCCUAACUAAACCUAUUAAACUUGAAUUAAAAAAGAAACAUAUUAUAGAUAUUGCUUGCAAUGAAGCAGAUUUUCUCGUUCUUACUGAUGAUGGAAAAGUAUAUAUAUAUAGUCGGUUUGAUAUCGUAUACCUUCAUCCAUUACGGUUAGCAUUUUCUUCGGAGUCAGAAUCAGAAUCGAUAAAGACAUCCUCUUCCUCAGAGACACAAAUUCCUUACAUACAGGAAGAAAAUUUUGAUAAAAAUAAGAUCAUUUGCAUCGCUUGUGGCGCGUCUUUCAUUAUGGCUAUUACUGAUAUGGGUGAAAUAUACUACAUUAGGGAUCUUCAUUUGAGGGAUUUUCCUUGCAGUAAUUCUAUGCUGAAUGACAAUUCAAGUAAUAGAGUUUAUGAUUUUUGUGAACGUAAGCGAUUUAUAGAAAAGCGCACUGAGCUCUCAAAUGUAGUAAUAGUUAAAGUAGUCUGUGGACGUGCACAUGCAUUAGCACUUUCGAAUGAAGGACAGGUCUAUAUCUUCAAAAAUAAUUGUUUUAACUUGUUGAACAUACCGGAAUUGCAAAAGAUAUUGGACAUUGCUGCAGUAUAUCACAGCGACAGAAGUGCCAUUCUUGGAGAUAAUGGACAUAUCUAUGUAUGGGGCAAUUAUUUUGGCUGCGAUAUAAAAUCUCCGAUUGUUACUCAGUUUUCGACCAUGCAAGAAGCGCUUAGGCAUAAUAUAAUUGACGCAUAUCCGAUAAUUUUAUCUAUGAAUGAACUUGGAUACAUAGAUGUACAAUCAAAUAUCCUGGAAUGCUCUCAAACUUUAUUCGACGAUCCUUCGACAAGUGAUUUUACAAUACAGGUGAAGAAUCAUUCUAUUUACGUUCAUAAAGCUAUUCUGCGUAGUCGUAGUGAAUAUUUCGAGUCAAUGUUCCGUAAUUUUAAAGAAAAAGAUCAGAGUAUUUUGACGCUGCCUUCCGUAUAUUCCUAUACCGCGUAUAAAGCCUUUCUAAAAUACUUGUAUACUGGAGUGAUCGAUCUACCUAUGCAUAAAUUAUUAAAGUUGUUCAAAUUAGCUAUGAUGUUGUGUGACACUAAGCUUAUAAGUAGUUGUAUACGAGAAAUAAAACGAAAAGUCACUCUAGCAAAUAUAAUCUUUGUUUACAGUACUGCAAUGGAAUAUAAUAAUGAGAAUUUAAAGAAAUUUUCAAUCAAAUUUGCUGUGAAUUACAUGUUGUCUACAACACAGAUAGAAUCUGACAAAGAAAUAGACGAAAAUAUUUUAGAAAGUUUUAAAAAGGAAAUAGCAAAUGCUAAGAGUGCUUCUUGAUUUAUAAGUUAAGAGUUCCUGUGAAUUUAAAUGCAGUAGAAUGAAACUAGAACAUUCUUGUUCUUA